AUGGCAAAUCUCGAUCGUACUACUACGGAUCAGUACAAGAAUCCAUAUUUUCUUCAUUCUACUGAUCAUGCUGGUUUAGUGCUUGUAUCUGAUCGAUUGACUUCUGGAUCUAAGUUUCACUCUUGGCGACGAUCAAUGCGAAUGGCUUUGAACGCUCGCAACAAACUUGGCUUCAUCGACGGUACAAUUCCUAAACCAUUGCCUACUGAUCGUGAUGCUGGAUCGUGGUCGAGAUGCAAUGAUAUGGUUGCGACGUGGCUUCUCAAUUCUGUUUCCAAGAAGAUUGGCCGGAGUCUUUUGUUCAUGUCCACGGCUGAGGCGAUUUGGAAAAAUCUUUUGGCUCAUUUUAAGCAAGACGAUGCACCACGAGUCUAUGAGAUAGAGCAACGUCUUAGCUUGAUUCAGCAAGGUUCUAUGGAUGUAAGUAUGUAUUAUACUGAGCUUAUGACUUUAUGGGAGGAGUAUAAAAACUAUGUGGAGUUGCCAGUUUGUACUUGUGGGCAUUGUGAGUGUAAUGCAGCUAUGCUUUGGGAGAGAUUACAGCAAAUAAGCCGUGUUACGAUGUUCCUUAUGGGUUUAAAUGAAGCCUAUGAGCAAACAAGGUGUCACAUCUUGAUGUUAAAUCCUAUACCGAUGAUAGAUGAGGUUUUCAAUAUGGUUUCUCAAGAUGAAAGACAGAAGAAUCUUAAGCCUUCAGUGAAAGUGGAGCAUGCUGUUUUUCAGACCACUGCUGCCUCUGAUGCUUAUGAUAAUGGCUAUUAUACUGGCCCAAUGGAGAAUGCUGCUUAUGCUACUCAACCUCGUCCAUAUAACAAGAUAGUUUGUACUCAUUGCGGUCGUUCUGGUCAUACGUACCAUACGUGUUACAAACUGAAUGGUUAUCCUCCGGGUCAUAAACUACACAACCGUUCUGCUCAAUCAUCAGCAUCUCAAGCUAGAGGAAACUUUCAAUCUGGAACUCGUUCAUCUCAGGUUUCUCAUGGGUCUCAGAGUUCUCAGAACUAUUAUCCGAAGAAUGCUGUUGCUAAUGCUGUGACUUGUCCUCCGGUGAAUACUUUGGAUUUGAGUCAGUUCAGUACAGAAUAA